AUGUUUGGAGAAAACCAAUUCCAAUCGCUUUAUUUUGGGAAAAGAGGAACACCUUUGCUGGGAGUUUUCAGUUGGGCACUUCCAAAGGAGCUUUACGGGGCCCAAAUCUGUUUAGAGAUGGCAUCAAUGGUAUCAGAGGCUUGUGGCAAUACUUUCAAUCAAGUGCCAACCAUGAUGGUCCAAGAGAAAGUGAGUAGGAAUAAGAGAAAAUUCCGGGCUGAUCCACCUCUAGCUGAUCCAAAUAAGGACAUCCUUUUACCUCUCAAUGAAUGCACCGAUUUUGAGUUCUCAGCUGAAAGGUAUGAGGUUCUCCCGGCUCGUGGGCUUACAACCAGGUAUGAUACAUGUGAUGCUCUGAAACUUGACCUUGGAUUGUCAUGUGCGACGGGGACCUCUGACUUGGGGCCAAGCUGGCAUAGAGAGGAGAUAAAGUCAUCAGCAGAAGAACUCCAUGAUGCUGAUUGGAGUGAUCUUACUGAAUCUCAACUUGAAGAACUUGUUUUGAGCAACUUGGAUACAAUUUUCAAGAGCGCUAUUAAGAAAAUAAUUGCUAGUGGUUACAGUGAAGAAGUUUCUAUUAAGGCUAUUUUAAGGUCUGGACUUUGCCAUGGGUGUAAAGACUUAGUAUCGAAUAUAGUGGAUAAUACACUGGCAUUUCUUAGAAGUACCCAAGAUGUUGAUCUGUCAAUGGACCAUUAUUUCGAGGAUUUACAACAGAUGGGGAAGUAUAUAUUAGCAGAGUUGGUUUGUCUUCUAAGAGAGUUUAGGCCCUUUUUCAGUAUUGGGGAUGCAAUGUGGUGCUUGUUGAUAUGUGACAUGAACGUGUCACACGCUUGUGCCAUUGAUAUUGAUCCUCUGAGCCGUGAUGCGACUUCAAAUCAGAAUUCCUCUGCUAUUGUACAACCCCCGUUAAGAAACAAGACCGAAGAUUCUGAACAGAAUGUUUCACUUCCAUAUAAACCUAAUCCUUCAUUUCCUUGUGCUCAAAAUUUUCCAUCUGAACAACCUAAUGUGGCUUCAGUUCAUGAUAGACAUUCCUUUCAAUCUCAGGCACCCAUUCUAGCAAAUUGUCCAAACUCAAAACCAAAAACUUCUUUUGUUUGUAGCGAACUUGCUCAGGAGGAGUGUCAAAACUCUAUAUCAAAUGCUAGUAAUAAAUCCUUUAGUGCAGCAGGAAUAUCUCGCUCUACAAUUGCGGAGGAGAAGUUUUUAGGCAGUAGAAAAGUUUCUGGAAUAACCAAAAGGCAAUACAUAUUGCGCCAAAAGUCUAUUUCCUUCGAGAAACACUAUCGUACAUGUGAUUCUAAAGUGACGUCUAGAGCAGGGAAAGUCCCAGGAUUUGGUGGUCUAGUCUUGGAUGAGAAACCCAAACCUUUAGCCAUUCCUACAGGUAUAGAUGUUAAAAAUACAUCGGCUAAAACUAGUAAGGCAGUCGGGGUUGAUGUGCCUGAAGACAACUUAAAUAACAAUCUUUCAACAAACCCAGGAUUCACUUCACUGCCAACAUUUGGUUUGGAAACUGGCUCUGAUAGUUCUUCAUUGCCUAAAUCAAAUAUCCCCUCCUCGUUACCUUUAGCGCCGGUUAACACCUCUCCUUCCUUACCUGUAGCCGAUACCGAGCUUUCUCUCUCAUUGCCUGCCAAAUGCAUUUCAAAUCCAAUGCCUGUCAGCCCUAACAGUGAGACACUUAAUUUUAAUGCUGGUCUCUCAAAUGAAAAGUCUGUUGGGCAGUGGGCUCCACAUGACGGGAAGGAUGAAACGAUUAUGAAGUUGGUUUCAAGAGUACGGGAAUUGCAAAAUCAGCUCCAGGAGUGGUCGGAGUGGGCAAAUCAGAAAGUCAUGCAAGCUGCUCGUAGACUGGGCAAGGACAAAGCUGAACUCAAGACACUGAAGCAAGAGAAAGAAGAAGUGGAGCGGCUCAAGAAAGAGAAGCAAUCUUUGGAGGAAAACACCAUGAAAAAGUUAUCGGAGAUGGAGAUUGCCUUGUUUAAGGCUAGUGGACAAGUAGAACGAGCUAGUGCUGCUGUCCGUAGGCUUGAAGUUGAGAAUACAACACUAAGGCAGGAAAUGGAAGCUGCAAAAUUACAUGCUGCAGAUUCAGCUGCAAGCUGCCAGGAGGUAUCAGGGAGGGAGAAGCAGACACUAAUGAAGUUACAGUCACGAGAGAAGCAGAAGACUAUGUUUCAAGAGGAGCUUGCUGCUGAAAAGCGCAUGUUGAUGCAGCUGCAAAAGGAAUUACAGCAGGCUAAAGACGUACAGGAUGAAGCAGAGGCUAGAUUGAAACAGGAAGAAAAGGCGAAGGAAGAAAUACUGACGCAGGCCAGUUUAUUUCAAAAAGAAAGAGAGCUGAUUGAAGCUUUGGCUAAAUCUAAGGAGGACAUGAUGAAAUCGAAAGCAGAAAACAAUCUCCAGAAAUGCAAAGACGAUAUUGACAAGCUUCAAAAAGAAAUUUCCAAGCUAAGAUUGGUUGCAGACUCGUCAAAAAUAGCUGCGCUUAGAAGAGGUAUCUCGAUGGAUUCCCCUAUAUCUUACAUUAUGGAGACAGAUUUCCAGGGCUUGAGAGGGAAUGAAGGUGUGAAACGUGAACGAGAGUGUGUGAUGUGUCUAUCAGAGGAGAUGUCGGUAGUUUUCCUUCCGUGUGCACAUCAAGUGGUUUGUACAUUGUGCAACGAGCUUCACGAGAAGCAGGGAAUGAAGGAAUGCCCCUCUUGUAGGAGCCCGAUCCAGCAACGUAUUUGUGUACGUUAUGCACAGUCGUAA